AGAACGUUUCACCUUGGCGCCAUUGUCGAAGUGUGGGACUGGUCCUUCAUUAGGCGAUCUUUGCGUAGGCCCCCCCCCCCAAGCACUGACGCAGGGUGGCGCAGUGCUCUUUGCCAUCACCUGUGAAGCUGAAACCGAACCGCUUGCAUGAUGAACGACGAGCCGGGAGCGUUUGACUGGGCGGAGGUGGGAGCUUUACCUGUGGGGUGAAAGGCAAAUGCGCCGUGUUAAAUGGCUUUCAACUUGUAUCUGCCUUAAUAUUUUUGCCCCGACAUGUCAGCGCUGUCGUCGCCCGCCGCCGCGGUGAAAAAGAAGCACGUUCGCUUUGCUAGCAUGGACGACGAGCAGGAAGAGGACACCUUGUUUGACAAGAGGAAGGACGCGGAGCGAGGCGGCCCGUGGAGCGCGCUGAAGGCGGCCAAGAGGACGACGAAAGCGGGAUGGAGCGACCGGGUGAAAGUGGUCGGCGGCGGGGGACGAGGAGGCGGACACGCGGCGUGCGGCCGCUGGUUGGUCACCCUCACGCUCUGCGCCUCCUUUCUCGGCCUGGGGAUGACUAUCUCGAUUAUCGGACCCACAUUCGAGGACCUGGCUUUGAACGUCAAGAAGGACAUCAGCAAUAUGUCCUACAUCUUCGUUGGUCGAUCUGCAGGCUACAUCGGCGGCUCACUCAUAGGAGGUGUCCUUUUCGAUUGCAUGAACCCCAAUCUGCUGCUAGGUUCUUCUAUGCUGAUCACUGCAUGUGGAAUGUGCGCUAUCCCUUUCUGCAAACAAGCUCUGCUUCUCACCGGGUUUAUGUCCAGCAUCGGCAUCUCUAUGGGGAUUCUGGACACAGGUGGGAACGUCCUCAUACUGAACACGUGGGGCGAGCGGGCUGGACCUCACAUGCAGGCUCUCCACUUCAGCUUUGCAGCUGGUGCCUUUGUGUCACCGGUCAUUGCCAAGCUGCUGUUCGGGCACGACGCAAACGGCAGCCGCGGCGCGGAAACCUCGGCGAGCGACGCGACGUACCCCGUCGCGAACGACGAUCGCGCCGCCGUCCGGCCCGUCCGCGGCAGCGACGGCGACCUCAGAUCCAUGUGGGCCUACGUUGCGAUUGGCUUGUUUGUCCUCCUCACCGCCGUCCCGUUCUUCUUUCUCUCUGUUCGCGGCGACGUGUCACGCGACAAAUCCCGGACGUCGUCGCCGAAGCCGCCGGUGGCCAGACAUCACGGGGUGCUUGUCGUCCUGCUCUUCUUCUUUUUCUUUGCCUACGUAGGUGCUGAGGUGGCCUACGGCUCCUUCAUCUUCACCUUUGCCAAGGAUUACGCUCAAAUGAGUCAGUCCCAAGCCGCUGGGCUGAAUUCUUUGUUCUGGGCGACGUUUGCCGCCUGUCGGGGCCUGGCCAUCUUCUUUGCUUCCUGCAUGUACCCGGGCACCAUGAUACUGCUGAGCCUGGUGGGCACCACACUGUCCUCCCUCUUUCUUUGCCUCUUCAGCAAGGACAAAGUAAUGCUGUGGGUUUGCACUGGUUUGUACGGGGCGUCCAUGUCCUCUACCUUCCCCAGUGGAAUCUCCUGGUUGGAGCAGUACACCACAGUGACGGGCCGCGCGGCAGCUGCGUUCGUGGUGGGCGCCGCCCUCGGCGAGAUGGUGUUGCCCGCUCUCGUCGGCUUCCUGCUGGGGAAAAUUCACGGACACCCCCUGUUGAUGUACCUGUCGCUCAUCGCGGCCACUUUCACCGCCAUCCUUUUCCCAGUCAUGUACAAGCUGGCGUCCGUAUCUGCGGGUCAGAGCAGGAAACGCCGCGGGAGGGGCCGAGCGGACGCCGACGACGGCGAAUACCGACAGGCGCUGCUGGAGUCGGGAGCGAUUGACGAGGAGGACGAGGAGAACGAGGCUGAUCAGUGGAACGAUGCGGACUUUGAAGUCAUUGAAAUGGACGACACCGCGAGUCUCGUCGGUUCACCCAGUAAGGAGGCUUGUCCCCCAAAUAUCGAUGGUGACAGUGGCCUGGCUCCCCCGAGCACGCAGCUAAGUGAACCUGCAAAGUGUUCCUCAUCCUCGGACAGCAUCUCCCCGGUGGGAGACUCGCCCAAACGCAAACUUCUGCUCUUCCCUGACAGAGUGAAGAGAGACUGACACCUCAUUUUCAGAUUUCUCGACACCUUGAAGAGCCCCGGUUUCUCCUGAGUCUGUGUAACUAUCGGCUGAUGACUGAAAUGUUGGACUAGCGCAACAAGUUAAUUCACUCUCUGGCCAGACAUUUUGUUUGCCAUUAAUUGAGUCCCCAAUAAUUAAAAAAUGAACAUCAAGACCGUUUCCGGGUGUUUCCCCCUCCCCUCCCCCCCGUUUAAAUCUAGGAUAAGGGUAGUAAUGCAUUCAGGGCAUCUGCUGCGAUGCUACACAGGAUAUACGCCGUAUAGAAAAUGGAUGCGGGGAAUGAAUGCCAAAAUAAGCCCUCAAACUGUCCCUGACUGGAAGGCAAAAGUACAAGGGGCAGUCAAUAAGCAAUGAGCCCUAUUUCAUUUAACCUGCUACUAAUUGAAUGAGGUUACGGUUAUGCCGUCAACGGUGACUCUUACGAUCUUCUCUGAGAAGUGCCUCGACCCUAGCGCUGUUCCCAGGAUCCAACGCUGAAGGUGGUUUCUCACUCAUAGCAGGCUCUUGUUAUUCACCUUUGAUUCCUGACCCCCUGGCUCGAAUGUAUGUAGAAGUAACUUGCCCAACACUGGAUGUCAGAAAAUUGUUCUUCCUGUUUUAAUACCUGUAAAGCAAGCUGCUUCGCAUCACCACCAGUUUCCAAAAACAUACAAAAUGUGAUUCAGCUCUUGGGUGAAUGUUUAUUUAUUUAAAUUUUUUGGGGGGUUUUGAAAAUUUCAAACGCUGUCUAGGUAGUUUUGGAUCACAUGAUCGGUAUUUGUGCGCCGUGUUGCAGGUCAAGAUCUGAAGGAUAAACCUUGCUUGAAACGGAAAGACUAGAAGUUGAACUCAUGUUCAUUAGUUGUUGUUUUUUUCCGGUAUGACCUUAAUUUGUUCAUCUCAGCUACGUUACAAAUGACUUUGGAUGCAAUGGUAAAAGACGACACGAUGGAAAAGUGGCUUUCAUAAAAAAAACUAAGAUCCUGACACAUUUCAAACAUCCCUCACCUAACUGUGUGAGAACAUAAACCUGCGGAAAUAAAACCGUAUGACACUGAAUACUUGACAGCUUGGCUUACUUAAGCUAAAAUAGCAUCGACUUUGCCUAAUGUGAGCCUCAAGGCUCACAUUAGGCAAAGUCAAUGCAUGUUAAGUACUGAGCUAAAAUGUAACAUUGAAAAUGCAGCUAUGUACUGUAGGUAACAUGCGCACACAGACGCCAAGUGGUGCUCAUGCACCUUGCAGCCUUCCCCCCCCCCCCCCCCCCCUUCAUAUAUACAAUUGUGCUCAUAGGUUUACAUACCCUGGCAGAAUUUAUGAUGGUUACCUUUUAGUAGCCAUUUGUGUGUGUCAACUUGUGUGCAUGUUAUUAGGCCAAAAUCGCAAGGGUAUGUAAACGUUUGAUCGGGGUCAUUUGUGCAGUUUCUGUUGUCGGUAUGAUUUCAAAAGAGUCAAGAAGUGUGACAUCACAGGAAAAUUGUCUAUACUGUGGCUUCUCAUACAGUCUCCUAAACUGCAGGGUGUGCAAUUUUACCAGUGUUUUUUUUUUGGUCAUAAAAAUGUAUUUCAUAAUUUGUCCCCCCCAACGUGAUUAGAAUAAAAACUACAUAUCAGUCAACUUCAGGAAUCCAACAAAAGACUACUACUACAUUGAGUUUGUUUAAUUGAUCAAGAUUGUGAUUUUUUUUUUUGGCCAGGCAGUUUCCCUUUGGAAGCUUUAUUUAUUUAAAAAAUGUUUUAAACAACAUUGGAUGAUGGAAAAUCAGUGCCUUGCACAAGGACAUUUGAGAUUGAUGUUCAUCGAAGUUGAAGUAAAAUGUGUUUGACUGGG